UGUAGCCACAUUGUAGAGCCCAGGACGGGAUUAAAAGCUUUUAGGAGAGGUAGGGUUUCUAGGCAGGAGAGAGCUCCCCAUUUUCUCGCUUUGUUCUUCGCGAUCUGUGAUGGAUCCGGAUUUCUUUGUCUGAAUCUUUGGUUCUUUAUCUCUUUAUCCGUGAGAGAUUUUCCCUUUUUUCUGUUCUUUUUGGUUGGAUUUGGAGUGCUUUUUCAUUCGUUUUGUUCUUUCUUUCUUCCUUGUUCUUCGUUUGUUUGAGAAUCUAGUUCGAUCGAUCGCCAGGAUUUGUGUGCUUGCUAGCCAUGGCUGUUCGUCCUCGCAGCGCCUUCUUCUUCUGCUCCUGCAAGGCCUCCGGCGUUGAUGGCGUCGACGAGGCGUAGCAUCGCCUAGCGGAAAAUGUCCACGAAGAGGCUGACUAGCUCACCGACAAUGCGCCCGCUCGUUUCAUCGCUCUUCUCAGCCGCUAAGAAACCAGCAGCUAAGAAACCGGCAGCUACUGCUACUAUUUCAAAGGCAGGGGUUAUAGACUGGCGACUCAACAAGCCAGAGAUUAUCAGCGUGGAUAGCCUGGACCUCCACUACACGAGCCUCCGGGACGUGAUGUUCCUCCAGUACCAAUGCCACAGCACGGAGAGCGUGAGCGGCGGCGGCGGCGGCGGGAGCCCGAGAACUCGAAUGAAGAACCAUCUGGUGGAACAGGCCGCGCGGGCAUACUUGCAGCCGCUCAACGUCGUCGACAACUCGACGCAGUUCUUCCCGUGGAACUGGCAGAAGAUCAUGGGCUAUGCUCCGCUCACAUUCAGCAUGAGCAUGCCCAGGCUCGUCACCGCCGGUGGUGGUGAUGGUGGUAGUGGUGGUGGCAGUGGUGGUGGCAGUGGUGGUGGUGGCGGCGAUCAGUGCUGCGGCCUCAUGGGAUUCUUCUCCAAGCUCAGCCUCUCCCGGACGCUCAAGUAUCUCCUGGGGCGAGCAAGGCCGCCGCACGCUGGAUUUCUGAACUUGUGAGUUAUAUGUAUGCUGGUUGAUUGUUGGCUAGUUGGCUUGUUCGUGAAAAAAUUGGAAAAAAUAAAAUUACGCUAUGUACAGUAUGAAUUUUGUCAAUGUUAGCAUGUUGUCACAUGUUGUCACACA